GCUCUCUACAACUACACAACCGAGAGAUGACCGCACACAUUAGGUAGUUUGAUAGCUAUCUAGCUAGCUAGCUAGCUUUUGAUUGUUUCAACUGUUUCUAUAUAGUUUUAUUGAUUUGGCAACCGUGCUUGGUGGAGUGAUAGGUUGUUACGUCUGUAAUGUAAUAACAGUAGAAGAGCUAUGUGAGUCCCCGGACCGGCUGCCCGACCACCUAGUCCAGCAGCAGCAGGUCCUCAGUUAGCUACAGUAGUACCUCAGUGUGCCUCAGUGCCCAACUCUCUCUCUCUGUAGGGCUGUGGGGUAAGGGUGAUGUCAGAGGGCCUGGGGCCAGAGGGGGUGCACUCACAGCCUGCCCCCACCAUCACUGUUCAGGACCUGUCAGACAAACCUGCACAUACACCUCUGGACAGGAUCCCACCUGCGCACACACUUCUGGAUGGGAACACGCCUGUGGAGCAGGUGUCUGGAGUGGUGGAGGAGACCUCCCCUUCCUCCACUUCCUCCUUCGAGUUGGUUGACAUGGAGCCAGCCCCGCCCCUGUACCAGCCCGUGCAACCCCAUUGGUUCUACUGUCGCCGUGUCGACUCCAAGGAUGUGUGGCUCCCUUUCAGCAGAGAGGACUCGGAGAGACUGGAACAUGCCUUGUCUACCGCAGGAGAGGAGGAGGUGGUGGUGGCAGUAGAAGGGGAGAGGUAUGACGUGCGUGUUCGGGAGCGGCAGAGGUAUGCGGUGUACUGGGAGCAGGGCCCGUCAGAGGUGCGACGCUGUACCUGGUUCUAUAAAGGAGAUAAAGAUACCAGAUACAUGCCCUACCCAGAGGAGUUCAGCACCAACCUGGAGGAGGCCUAUAUGAUAGCAGUGACUCUAGAUGAGUGGAAGAGGAAGCUGGAUUUUCCUUCAGGAGAGACAGUCAUCCUGCACAACCCUAAACUGAUCAUGCAGUACCAGCCAAUCACGUUGCAGGACGAGUGGGUCUCCUCUCCCUCGGAGCAGACUCGCCCACGUACUGUCAAGAGGGGUGUCGACAACAUCACAACAGAGAUACCUGACGGUGAACCAGAGACAAUAGAUCACCUGGUAUUCAUGGUUCACGGCAUCGGCCCCGCCUGUGACAUCCGCUUCAGAUCUAUCAUACAGUGUGUGAAUGACUUCAGGAGUGCGUCCCUAUCCCUCCUGGGGAGCCAUUACAGGAGAGGCCAGGAGGAGGGCAGGGUGGGCAGAGUGGAGUUCCUACCUGUCAACUGGCACAGCGCACUACACGGAGACGCCACUGGAGUAGACGAGUAAGAACACACACACACACACACACACACACACACACACACACACACACACACACACACACACACACACACACACACAAGCAUCCUCAGUCUAGUCAAUCAGUAUCUAGUGCUGCAUUUUUUACUAAUCUUUUUAUCUCUGUCUACUGACCUCCUCUCUCCACUCUCCUUAUCUCAUCUCAUCUCACUCCCCCUCACCCUUCCUCUCUCUCCUCCUCUUAACCCCCCUCUUUACCCAUCUCUCUCCCCUAUCCUCCCCUUCUCAACCCCUCUGUCCCCUCUUAUCCCCUUCCCUCUGUCCCCUCUCAUCCCCUUCUCUCUGUCCCCUCUCAUCCCCUUCUCUCU